ACAAUUUUAUUUGCAGAUAAACUAAUGUUCAAGUGCACUUUUAUACUUGGCAGCCCAUCAUCAUUAGAUUAACGUAAUCAUAAAGGAAAUGACGCUUCCGGAAUUCUUUGGUUGUACCUUUAUCGCGUUCGGGACUCCGUUCGCGAUGUUUUUUUUCACAAUAGCCAAUGAUUCAGUACGGAUAAUUAUUCUUAUCGCAGCCGCCUUCUUUUGGCUACUGUCACUUUUGGCAUCAGCCUUGUUGUGGUUUGCAAUUGUCCCAAUGCGGGAUUACUUGUGGUUUGGUGUAACAUUUUCAGUGCUAUUUCAAGAAGUAUUUCGCUAUAUUAUCUAUCGUAUUCUGAGACGCACUGAACAAGGCCUUCAAGCGGUAGCAGAAAAUCCACGGAUCAUCGAAAACAAGCAUAUUUUAGCUUAUGUUUCGGGCCUUGGAUUUGGUAUAAUAUCCGGCAUGUUUGCAUUGGUGAAUGUACUUGCCGAUUUGUCGGGUCCAGGCACCAUGGGACUUAAAGGUGGCUCGGAAAUUUUCCUAAUAACUUCGGCAACUCAAGCACUCGCUAUGAUACUAUUCCACACUUUCUGGAGCGUUAUAUUUUUCAAUGCGUUUGAUAUUAAUAAUUACUUCCAUAUAGUUUACGUUGUCGCCACUCAUCUCUUUGUAUCGCUAAUUACAUUGCUCAAUGCUAAAGAGAUGUACGUAGCCACAUUAUUACCUACAUACAUUAUAUUGAUAGCGACAGCAGCUUUGGCAUUUAAGGUAGCUGGAGGAAGCAAGAACUCACUCAUGCGAUUUAUUAAAUGCCAAUGAAAGGAGGGCAAAUAUAGAAACUACUGGUACACUUAAAAAUAUUAUUGGCAUUGACUAAAUUGCAAUCAAUUAACUUAUAGUGCAGAUUAGGCAAUCCAACUCUAGUUAAGACCAAACUGCUAAACUAGUUGUAAGAUCUUUAAUUCUACUCAUUUAUUUUCGACAUUCUUUCAUAAAAAAUGAAAGCUUUAACACAUAAUAAAAAAGCAAAUAAAUAAUGUAACAAUA